AUUUAUUGUUUACUGAACUGACGUUUAUCGAAAAUGAAAGUGUUCUUGUUGUGUUUUCUUAUACUUAUACCGACCUUCCUGGCUUCAGAAGUAUGGGAUUCUUUUAAAAAAACUUACAACAAAUCCUAUGCAACCCUUGGAGAAGACAAUUUCCGCAAACAAAUAUUUCUCGAGAGAUUAAAGAUAAUUGAAGAACAGAACCAGAAGUUUGAGAAAGGACUUUCUUCAUUCUCGGUGGCAAUCAAUCAGUUUGCUGAUUUGACAAAAGACGAACUCUUUAAGACUAAACCAGAUGGUUUACAAGGUGGAAAAGUCGGACCCUCUUUUAGACCUUCAGAACCUAGAGAAGAUGUACCUGAUAGCAUCGACUGGAGAGACUAUGGAGUAAUAACGCCAGUUGUAGAUCAAAUGUUUUGUGAAUCAUGCUGGGCAUUUGCAGUUGUCGGCACAGUGGAGGCUCAUGUGGGAAUUUACAGACAAGAAGACGUCCGGCUAAGUCAGCAAAAUUUGGUAGAUUGUGUAGAUAUCAACUUUGACUGCGACCAGUAUUUAGACAUACAGAUGGUGGAUAAGACUUACCAAUACAUAACUGAUAACAAUGGAAUUCACACUGUUGAAUCGUACCCUUAUGAAUCUUACAAUGUAGGACCUUGUCGUUUCAGCUCUGAAAACAUUGGAGCUACAAUUGCGGGUUAUGUUAACGUUACAGAAGGUGAUGAAGAAGAACUGAAAACUGUCGUCGGUACUAUUGGGCCAGUCACGGUUGUUAUCACGACUGAUAUGAUGUGGGGUGCUUAUCAAAGUGGUGUUUAUUACAAUAAAGACUGUAUGAAUACCACCGAAAUUUUUAACCAUGUUGUGGUAGUUGUCGGGUAUGGGAAUGAAAAUGGCGAAGACUUCUGGUUAGUUAAGAAUUCCUGGGGGACUUGGUUUGGACAGGAAGGCUACAUUAAAAUGGCUAGAAAUAGAGACAACAACUGUGGAAUUGCAUCAAUUGCACGCUAUCCAAUUAUGUAAAAUAUGCAAAUAAAAAUUUUAGCACAUGUA